GGAAGGCGGGGCGGGAGGGCGGUGUUAAAGCGGCGGCGGGGCCGUGUCGUGCCGUGCCGUGCCGUGCCGAGCCGCGCCGAUGGAGCCGGGCGGCGAGAGUGGCUGCUGGUUCCUGUACUUCGCGUACGGCAGCAACCUGCUGCGGGAGCGGCUGCUGCUGCGCAACCCCUCGGCCGCGCUCUGCGCCCUGGCGCGCCUGCAGGAUUUUAAGCUCGAGUUUGGCCACCAUCAAGGCAGGACAAGUUCUGUCUGGCAUGGAGGUACAGCUACCAUUGCUCAGAGCCCCGGAGACGAAGUGUGGGGAAUAGUGUGGAAAAUGAACACUUGCAAUUUAAGUUCACUGGAUAAGCAAGAGGGAGUUGAGGAUGGCAUUUAUGUCCCAAUAGAAGUUAAUGUCCACACUCAAGCAGGAAAGGUACUGACCUGUCGAAGCUACCAGAUGAAGGACUAUGUCUCUGGUCCCCCUUCUCCACAGUACAAAAAGGUUAUCUGCAUGGGUGCAAAACAGAAUGGCUUGCCAACUGAUUAUCAGGAGAAAUUAGAAGCUAUUGAAACUAAUAACUAUGCAGGACCGGUGCCAAUCAUGGAAGAGAUUGAAGCUGCUAUUAAAGCAGAGAAAAUAAAUUCUGCAUAGAAUACCUCUGCAUUUGCUUGGCCAUUCACCUUGAUUUAGAUACCUCUCCUCACUGUGCUGAUCAGCAGUUUCUUUAUUUAUCAAGAAAAUACGAGUUUGCUGUGCAUCUACAGUAAACCAUUAGACAUAACUUGCAGUCUGAAGACACACUGACACUGGUAACUUCUUUUUGUAUGUAUAGCUUGAAUACAUGCUGAAAGUACAUUGCAGAUUUAGAAAUUAUCUUUCUGUAACUGUCAUGCAGUGCUGCAUGCAAAUUUGUGCUUCAUGUCCAAUUUACUGACCUUUUUAAAAGAAAAAGGCCAUCUUCAUGAAUUUUGGCACUUCUUGCCUUCUGAGGAAUAAGGGCUCCAGGAUAAGGUAAUCUGUUUGUAAAAGUUAUAUUUAUACAAGAUUACUUUGCAUCUAACAAAUGUAAACUCAAAACUCUAAGGCUAAGUCUUUUUAUCUGCUACUUCUCUUAAUGGUUUAAAGCCCAACCUGUUCCUACUUUAUAGUUAACAAAACAGAAAAGUAGCAUUUUUUUAAACUUCUUGUAUGUUUUAAAGCAUAAGUCCAAAAGGCAGCCUAGCAUGAAGAUGACAUUCAGCAAAGCAUCUCAUUCAAACCAUCAUAGCUUCCUCCUUUCAAUGUCCAGUGAUUGUGAUAGGUGAACUGGUUAGCUGUAACCAAGAGAUUUUUAAAGAAUUCAUUUUAGUUUGAUAUUUCCAAGGGUUUUUUUAAAUUACCUUUUUGACUGGCUUGUUUGCCUAUCUAGGCCUUGGUCCAAUGAAAUCAGAAAGUCUCCUUUGAGCCCUAGCUCAUUUAUUCUGUGGUUUUGUUUGUCUUUUAAACCCCAAGUGAACAGACUUGGCCUCUUGUAUUUUUUUUUGUUGUUUUUUUUUUUCUCCACACAGCUUUGACAAUCCAACGCAAAACUGGAAUCUUUUGUAAUGUACAGAGUAUUUAUUUUCAUGGUACUUUACAACCCCUGCAGUUAGUCUAUGGGGGAUGAGGAAAAAUUGACAACCUGGAAGAUGGCAAAUCACAGAGAUUUGGUUUAUCUUCUCUACAGUGUAUUUUUUUCUCUUGAUGUACAGAGAGGUGUAAGAUAUAAUUGAGGUCACUGUGUGACUGCUUAGAUAAUGAAAUGAUAAAAUAACAGACUGACCAUGUCUUCUCUGUAUAAAAUGUUUUCUAUAAACUUCUGCCAGGUGUGUGUAGCUGCUGUCUUGAUGUAAUAUGCCUGUUUCCAGAGUUGGGCACGGUGACUGCUGUAAAACGUGGUACUUUCUGUAUUAGCACAGUCUAGUUUGAGUAAAUAAAAUCGUGAUUACCAAACCUC